UGUGCAUGUCUCAGUCAGAGCGCCCCAGAGCUGCUCUGUGCUACGGACCUGCAGAGCGGAGGAGCCGUGGCCAGAUGAAACUGGAUUACGCAAUCAGAGAAGAGGAAAAACUCAACCGACAUGAAGAUUUGUGUGUGUGUUGUUCCGUCAUGUUGUGCAUGUUAAAGGUGGAUUAGUGUGAGUGGGAGUGGGUGUGAUACCAUGUCUGAGGACAUGAUGAACUGCACCAUCGGGCAUGAGAUCCACCAGUACCUUUUCUCCUGUGUGUACAUACUUGUACUAUUGGUGGGCGUCCCUUCCAACCUGUACUCUCUGUACCACGCCGCCCUGCAGCUCAAGCAGAACAACGAGCUGGGAGUUUAUUUGAUGAACCUCACCGUGUCUGAUCUGUUGUACCUGGCGUCCUUACCACUGUGGCUACAGUAUUUCUUUCAGGACGAUGACUGGAGCCACAGGGAGUGGUUGUGUCAGCUCUGCGGCUUCCUGCUCUACGAGAACAUCUACAUCAGCAUUGGUUUCCUUUGCUGCAUCAGCCUGGAUCGCUACUUGGCUGUGGUGCACCCGUUAAGGUUCACCUCUCUGCGCUCCAUGAGAGCCGCGUGGCUCGUUAGCCUCGUUAUCUGGCUCAAAGAGAUCGCCGUCGGUGUGGUUUUCUUCCGCCAUAAAGAACUGAGCAAAGACCGGAAGAACCAAUCAGUGUGCUUUGAGCACUACCCCAUGCAGUCGUGGGAGUAUCCCAUCAACUAUUACCGCUUCACUGUUGGCUUCAUGUUCCCGCUGGCUAUUCUAUCGGUCAGCUACCUGUGUGUUCUCCGUGCCGUGGGUCGCAGCGCUGGGACUCAGCCGGACCAGAAGACGAGGAUCAAGCAGUUGGUCAGCAGCACCAUCCUCAUCUUCCUCGUGUGCUUCUCCCCCUACCACGUCUUCCUGUUGGUGCGCACCCUGCUGGAGAGAGACUGCAACUUCAUCACAGAAAUAUUUAACUACUACCACCUGUCGUUGUUGCUGACCACCCUGAACUGCGUGGCCGACCCCGCUCUCUACUGUUUCGUAAGCGAAAGUGCCCGCCGUGGCCUCUACAGAGUCAUAGUCAAACCUAUUGCAAGAAUUCUUUGCUGCUGUUGUCGCCGUGGCAACACCAACCCCGCCAACCCAGCCACCGAUUCCCAGGAGGUCGCCACGGACGAAAACAACGGACCUCCGACCGUGAUGCUGCUCACACACACCAGCGGGCUCAAUAACCUCAAAGCAUACGAUCUCAGCAAAAACCCAAAUUUCAUCUCACAGACUGAUGAAAAAACGUUGAUACCCCUUAAUGUACAGAAUAAUGGAAACUCUGACACCUGUGCUGGCGGGAAUGGGAAGGCCAGCUGUGUGAUAGGCAUAGAAGAGCCGUCCAGACACAAAGAGGACUGAAGAGACCACAAUCCUCCAUCACAGUGUUUCCCCUACCAUUAUAACCCUCUUUCUGAAGGGGGAUCGGUAGGUCACGGCUUACUCAGUGGUUAGUGAAUCCUGAACUAAAGUUGUGUUGGUCAGUUGUAAGUGAUUAUUAACAAUAAUGUGUUCAUAGUGACCUGUAAAAAAGAUGUUGAUGAAAUGGUCCCUGUGUGAUGAAGUAGCAGCACGGAGCGUUCAGUAUGAGAACAAACACGAUAACAAGUGAACCUGAUGCCACCACAUCCUGUACAUGGCAGCUCAUUUCAUACUACAGCGAUACAAUUCCUUUCAUAAUAAAUGUAUGGAUUAGUUUAUGUUUUUCUAUCUUGUCUCGUGAUGAGAAAACUCUUUGUUUGAAAUGGAACUCUGUUUGGGUGUGAAUACAUUUAAGUUGUCCAUUAAUAUACAUUAAUAUAUGUAGCUUCUGUGCACUUCAGCAUAGAAACGUUGAAUUGGAAGUCAUUCACUUUAAAGCGUUAUACUUUAAACAGUGUAAUCGAAUAUAUGGCCAAUAAUUGAGAAAUAAUUGAUAAGGGAACCCUUAACAUGUAACAUGUAACGUGUGGCAGCAGGAUAAAGUCAGCUAACUGCCAUGAUAUGACGUUAUGCGCUAGCUAAAAUUAGCCACCAAAUGCUAGUUGUCGUAUCAGACCCAUGAUGCUGGUAGGAGCUUGAUGUUAAAAGGGCUCAUGAAUUGAGCAUAUAUAUAACCGGAUUUGUUAUUUAUUUUGUUAGAAGUGUUUUUUUUUAUUUAAACGGUAAUCUCUAAAUGACAUAACUGUGCUCCCCUUGCUACUUGUUUCAAAACUUUCACUCCAACUUUCCCCUCAACUUUAAAGUUUGUAAUACCCUGCAUUUGUUUUGUAUUUGUGAAGUCCUGAUAUUUAAUGUUGAAUAUAUUCUAAAAAAGGCCGGUUGAUACUCUGUAAGCGAUGGCGUUACAUUUCCAUUUAGGGGUCAGUGAAUGCAGCAUGCGACAGGCUCUAAAGGGGUCUGUCUAUUGGUUCCCAACAUCAGCAUGCAUCCGUGUUUAGAGAAGAAACAUCCUAUAAUGCGUGCUAUUGCAUGCAUACUACAUGGAAUUACUGUCAAAUUUUCAAAAAUAUGAAAUUAACUGUGACUUUAUGGUUCAAUAUUGAAUUAUUACAGAAUAUCUAACAUUAUGGUGAAAGUCAUUUAUUAUGAAACUAUUAACAUGGUCAAAGAUGCUUGUCGAUGAUAAUUGCUUA